AUGGACAUGGAUGGAGACGAAGAGACGAUCAAUAUACAGAUCUACGUGCCUGAGAUUCAAGUUCGGAAAUGUCUCACCGUCGGCCUCGACGAUUUCGUGUGGGAUGUGAAACGAAAACUUCUCGCCACUUUACCGCAGGCGCUUCCGCAGGCCUUCAACUACGGCCUUUUCCUGCCACCGUGCGAUGGUCGAGCCGGCAAGUUCCUGCUUGAGGACCGCGUCGUUCGCGACUACCCAUUCCAUGACUGUGUUCCUUACUUGGAGCUCAAGUACAAAAAACGGGUCUACAAAAUGCUGAAUCUGGACGAGAAGCAUUUGAGGAGCAUUCACAGUAAG